AUGAGCACCAAGCAAUUCUGGUUUCCUCCCCUUCCCAACUCGGAGAUCUUGGACGCGCUCUCAGGAUGGGGACUGUCGAUUAGCAAUGAACAACUUGUGAAGCCGACAUCGGAUUUUGUACUCGGGGUGUACUCGUUCUGCCUCCGCCAUGUCACCGGUUUGGGGUCGGAUGAGCUCCACGACUGUAUUCAAAAGGGCCUCUCGAUACACGACGAUCCUACCGUUGACAUGUAUAGCCAUGCUAUGGCGCGCAAUGUGCUUUGCUACCAUAUAACGCGGUUUGCGAAUGCGGCAAGAAUCACGGACUUCAGCACGAGCGACAUUGCCUUCCCCAAAGCAGAACGCACAAAAUAUAUACUCUCCGCGUUCAUCAACUUCAUUCGAUUCAUCGAGGGUGUCACGCCUUUCGUGGAGACCGUUCGGAGCAAGUCCGCAACCAUCAUCCAUGAAAGAGCGAUGGUAGCCGAAGAGCUUGACGAUGCUCAGCGUAGACUCAGAGACAUUCGCGCACAGCGAGAGAAAGACGAACCUCAAAUGGCAAUCCUUCGAGAAGAGAACGAUGUCAUCACGCAAAGACUCCUCGCGUUCAAGGCUAAGCAAGAAGGCAUUGUCCAGAAACAUGAUGCUAUUCGAGCAGAGAAGGCGCAGUACGCGGAUUCCAAGCGUCAAGUAACAGACCAGGUCAUUUCUCUGGAGAGUGCUGUUGAUCGCACGAAGGCUCGUAUUGUACAAUCGCCGGAACGCAUCAAACGCACCAUCACAGUCAUGAGCCACGACGUACACGAAGAAAAGAGAGUGGUUGCCGCCAACGAGGCGAAAUCAAGAGAUUUACAAGCUAAGAUCAACAUGAUAUCGACAAUCGAGAAGGAUGUCCUCUCCUGCCUGGAGCAACUGCAGACGAUCGAGAAGGAGAUGUACCUUGUUGAAGCGGCCCAGAAACAGCUCGCCGAUCUGAAGGACCAACAGAUUGACAAGGAAUCAGAAAAGAAAUCACUGUAUUCCAAGCGAGACCGCAUGAAUCAACAACUGACCAACGCCUACGAGAAGCUCGAAAGAGCCCAGCGGCAGGCCGAGAGCAAGCGCCUCCAAGGUCAACAAAUGUUCGAAAGACUGCAGCGCGAAUAUGAAGAGAUGGUGCAGGAGCGCAGUGAGAAUGCGAAAUACCAGGAAGAGAUUGGAAGUCAAGCCGACGAAGUCGAGCGACAGAGGGCCGAGCAUCUCAAGACGAGCGAAGCGGAGUUAAAUCAACUUCUCUCGGAGUAUUGGAAGCUGCGCUUUGAUGUCGACGUUUACAUGGAAGGUUUGGCUACGAAGUUGGGCCUCGAGACCCGACGGUGA